CUUUUAGCUCGGACACAAGUGUCGACUAGCGUCAGCAGAGGUACACUGUGCAUUGCUGCACUGGUCACUGGCGUUCCUCCCUUCGCGAUGCCGUCGACCCUCACGAAGGCCGAGACCGAGGACUUUGCGGCGGCUAGAGCUCCGCCACAGGCUCCGCAAGUGGUGGACAAAGCGCCGUCCACGCCGCGCAAUGGAUCGAAGCGUGACAAGCUCCGACGCUUUACCUUCAAGCGACUCAGUCGCAAACACGAGGCGAUAGCGGAGAACGAGAACGAAGACACAGUCGCUCCGGCUUCACCCGCUUCUUCUGACAGUACCAGCAGUUUAAGCACCGACACGAGCGGCUCGAAGCGCCCGGUGGGACCUCAAGACUUCGAUCUACUAUGUGUCAUUGGCCAAGGAGCAUUCGGUAAAGUGAUUCAAGUGCGACACCAGCCAACGGACGAGAUCCUGGCCAUGAAAAUUGUGUCCAACAAGUACAUUGUGCAGCACAACUCGGUGUCGUAUCUGCAAGCGGAGAGGGACAUUAUGACCAAGAUCAACCACCCGUUCCUCAUUAGUCUGAGAUAUGCGUUCCAGACCAAGUCGAAUGUGUAUUUGGUUAUGCCGUUUGUGGCGGGUGGAGAGCUGUUCCAUCACCUGCACAAGGAGGGACUGCUGCUCGAAAGCUCGGCCAAGUUCUACGCUGCUGAAAUGGUGCUUGCACUGGAGCACCUGCACUCCAAGGGCAUCAUUCAUCGAGACUUGAAGCCUGAAAACGUGUUACUUGGGGCUGAUGGACACAUCCGUCUAACGGACUUCGGUCUCGCCAAAGAAAUGGCUGAUGAGGACGACUCGACGAGUACCAUGUGUGGCACCAACGAGUACAUGCCGCCUGAGAUGAUCCGUCGGAAGGCUUAUAACCAGGCUGUGGACUGGUGGGCGCUAGGCGCCCUUAUCUACGAAAUGGUCACUGGUUAUCCCCCGUUCAGACACAAAAACCGCAAGAAACUCCACCACAAAAUCCUCAACGAAAAGCUGCCUCUGCCAAAGUGGCUUGGUUCUGAUACUCACUCCAUCCUCAAACAGCUACUGGAGAGAAAUGUGGACAAACGUUUAGGCUCCGGCAAGUCGACGAUGUUCCAGGUGAAAGGCGUGCAGGCCAUCAAGAAGCACGCCUUCUUCAAGGGCAUCGACUGGGGUCUACUGGAGGAGAAGAAGGUGCAGCCGCCGAUCUUGCCCAAUGUUCUCAGCAACACAGAUACCACGUACUUCUCCGAGGAGUUUACGACGCAGGACGUGGGACGUCGCAGUCGCAUCGACAGUUCCGGUGCUAGUGGCGACUCGAAGAAGCUCUUCGCACGCUUCUCGUGGGUCGCUGAUGACGCUCCCAGUUUUGCGGAUAUCGUUCGUGCAGGUGGUGCGAAGGAAGAACCGGUUGAAACGGUGGCUGAUGGUGUCGCGAAAGUUGCAAUUGCUGAGGAUCCCAACGCCCCCUAAAGGGCGAGCGCACUGGUCAGGUAGUUUUCAUUUUCCUUUUAGAUUGCAUUGUUCCCCCUGUCUAGUGCGCGUCGUAUCUUGCGUGUUUAAUCUUCAACUAUUACCGCGAAUGCAACAUCGGUUGAAUUGGAAACAAUGUUGUUGAUAUGUUUUUAAAGAUGCUUUUGAUCUGAGGCCAGGCGUUGACAACUUUCACCAAAUCUUGGCCAU